AUGGCGAGCUUCGAAGAUUCUGAAAUCAGUGGAGGCAUACUUGCUGACGAGAUGGGCAUCGGAAAGACGGUGGAGAUAAUUGGACUUCUGCUGUUGCGGUCGAACCAGCGAAGGUUGGCAAUUGCCAACGGCGAGACCGUGCCCAGAGCGCUACCUACACUGAUCUUGAUGCCCAAGACUCUGCUCACCCAAUGGAAGAAAGAAAUCCAGGCCUUCACUGACCGUUUCCGGAUCGUCAUGUAUUACGGUACCCCAAAGAAGAGAGCCGAAGACGGCGUAGAUUACCCCAAGGGCAGGUUGACACGAUCCUCGGAGUACUUCAACGGCGACGAGUCGAACUCCGAUACGAUUGUAUUAUCUACGUACACCACCUGGGCGACUCGGCACGGUCCCAAGGCGCAGACGGACUGGCUCGUCAGCGACUACAUGAAGACAAACAAUGUGUUCCGACAGACCGCGAAAAAUCACGUCACCUCGUCAAGAGAGGCUCAUGUAGCCACGAAAUCUUGCGCAAUCCAGCUGCAAGAUUGCUUUGAACGCGUAGUCCUCGACGAGGGGCAUGAAAUCAGACACAUGUCGCCUCAAGUCGGUACUGCCGUGCGUUGGAUAGGGGGAAAGUAUCGAAAUGUAGUUACCGGCACCCCGAUCUUGAGCGGCCUCUAUGACUUUUGCGGUAUCAUGCGAUUCCUGCAACCGCCGGAGCUGAGUUCUGAAGAAUACUUACGGAAUGUCGGCUUUAUCAAGGCAAACGGUUCCAACGCAUUGAAGGAUAUCAUCCAGAACUUUGACCCCUGGACCGUGCCGGAUGAUGAUCCUCGAGCUAUCCUAAGGUUCACGGUGGAAGCACUAGAGGAAUGGGUUUUCAACCGGAACACCACAAAUGAGCAGCGCGGUUUGCGGAUGAGGAAAAUCUUCCGCAAAUGCAUGAUUCGCCGUUCGCUAUCGUCCACGAUUGAUGGAAAGCGUAUUGGCGACAGUCUUCCAGAAGUCCAAAGGAUCAACAUUCAGUCUGACUUCACUGCUACUGAGCGUUUGCAUCACGACUUUCUGUACGCCGACACGUCUUCGACACUCUUCAAAAAGAAUAUCAAUGGUGAUGCGCUCCAGUGGAACACCACCACCUACAGGAAGCUCUGCCUUAUUAGCUCCUGGCUCGGGAUGGCGUAUCUUCUUGAGUACAAAGCCACAAAGCUUAAGAAGGUGAAAGAGCACAAAAACAACGGAUACCGGUUCUUGAAAGACGUUCGCGCAGGUCAAAAGCGCGCUAAUGUACCAGAAGAUAGGCAGCUGCCCCUACCAGAUCCAGACGACCACGUGAGCAUCAUUAGGCAGCACUGCACAGGGUCGCCGAAGUUACGAAUCUUCCUUGCCCUAGUUGCAGAGCUUGUUGUUCUCCAGGGUGAGAAGGUCACGGUAUGGGUAAACAGCCCCUUCCAGAUGGAAUGGCUGGACACUGUUUGUAGGCUUUGCGGACUGAGGUCAAGGCAACUCCGGGCAGAUCUUUCAACACAGGAGCGCGACGAGCUCAUAGAGCUGUUCUUGUAUGAUCCACACUCUCCUCAGAUCUUGAUCUGCUCCUACCUCAUCUCGUGCGCCGGUGUGAACAUGCACCUUCGGUGCCGCACCGUUAUCGAGUUUGAGCCUGCGCCAUGCCAGGGCGUUCGAGAUCAGAUGGUGGGUCGCGUUCGACGCAAAAAUCAGACGCGAUUCUGUCGCCACAUCACAAUCACCACCAAGGACUCGUUCAACACGCAGCAAGAUGCGGUGACACUUUUGAGAAGUCUACCGAUGUUGAUGACCCAGCUGGAUCUCGACGUCUUCGGCACGAAUGAGGCAGACACAGACCGAGACCGUGCCCUUGGGGAUUGGGUACUUCACAACGAUGACAUCAUCCCUGCUAACGACCCUCGAGUUGCUGGCCUGGAUCUGGACGUCAUCGAUCCGGACACACUGUUGAUGUACAUAUCUAUGAAGAUGGCCGGGCAGACACUCGACGGCAACAUCAUCAGUCUUCGGUCGGCUGCAAAGGGUCUUGAGCAGAAGAAGGUCGAUUUGCCAACAGAACCACUCUGGACGUAGACCAUCGAUAAUCUUCACUUUCUGGCAACGAGCAAGGCGUCUCCUUGGUGGCUACCAAAUAUGUUCCACCAGCACGCACCACCCUUUAAGUACUCAUUGCUCUCUCAGAUCGCCAAGGAUGUCGUCUUGGUAGCCACAAGGCUUUCCUUUUCUCAUCUUGAUACUGCAUCAAUGUUGGAAUCAAGAGAGGUAUUUCAUUGGUGGUCAAGGGUGCGCACUAGUGCUGGGCAUGCAAAGUAGAUAGCGAUCAAAACC